UGGAACUCAAACGGAGGGAAUAUAUAUUUACCUAAACCAGAACAAACAAGUGUUGGGGUUAGAAGGAAAGCUAACAUCUUCUAUUGCAAGCCUCCUUCACUGCCCUAGCGCAACCAUGAAAACCUAGCUAGGGUUACGUAUUCGAUUUGCAUUCCUAAAUUUCUUUUCUUUUACACCGAAUAGCAUUCAUGGCAAAGAAACCUAAAAAUUCUCUGAAAAAUGGGGAUUCAAACGAUGUUUCCAAAUCCAAGGACGCUUCCAAUUCAUCCACAGUUUUCAAGACCCUGUUCGGCGAAGUUCCUGGGCAAGACUCAGCUGCAAAUUCUCUUUUCUCGGAUAACAAUCCAUUCCACCGGAAAUUUCUAAAAACGCAGCCGCCAAAUGAACAAUCGAUAUUAGGGCUUGCAGGAAAAGAUAAGAUGGAUGCCGAGUACGAGGCCAAUUUGGAGGAUUCUGAUUUUUCUGAGGCGAAGCAGCCCAAGAAAAGGAAGAAAUAUAAAGUUAAGAAAGAAAGUUCCGGUUCUGAUACUGAAGUGGUUGAGGAGAUUAGCAAGAAGUUUAAGAGAGCCGAGCUGAAAGAGGAUGAAAAUAAAGAGAAAAGUAAUUUAGGCCAGGAAACUGUGCAGAAAGAUUUUGAGAGAAAUGGUGAAAGUGGUGUUGAUAAAAAUGAAAAGAAAAAAAAGAAGAGGAAGAGAGAUGAGGUUGAGGCGGAGUAUGAGGCGAAGCGAUACGGGAUUACUGAUGAGAUUGAUGAAAGUAAGGGCCAAACUAAUGUGGUGGGUGAGAAGAGGAAGAAAAUGGAUAAUCCAGAGGAUAUGGUGGUGGCAAAGGAAGAUUUUGAUGAUGAAAGCAAGCUGUUAAGGACUGUAUUCGUUGGGAAUUUGCCGCUGAAGUUGAAGAAGAAAGAAUUAGCCAAGGAGUUUGGGAAGUUUGGUGAAGUCGAGUCUGUAAGGAUUCGAUCUGUUCCCAUUGUCGAUGGAAAAAUGCCGAGGAAGGGUGCUGUAAUCACGAAGAAAAUCAAUGAGAAUGGAAACAGUGUCAAUGCUUACGUUGUUUUCAAAACAGAGGAGUCUGCUCAAGCAUCAUUGGCCCAUAAUAUGGCUGUGGUUGCUGGGAAUCAUAUUCGUGUUGACAGAGCAUGCCCACCACGCAAGAAAUUGAAGGGAGAUGCUCCUCUAUUGUAUGAAAACAAAAGGACGGUUUUCUUGGGAAAUCUUCCUUUUGAUGUCAAGGAUGAAGAGAUCUAUCAGUUAUUCUCUACUAUAAAAAAUCUUGAAACAAGCGUUGAAGCUGCACGGGUUAUCAGGGAUCCUGGAUCGAGUUUGGGGAAAGGCAUUGCAUAUGUGCUGUUUAAAACUGUGGAUGCUGCAAAUAUGGCCGUCAAGAAACGUAACUUGUGGAUUCGGGGUCGUGAACUCAGGCUCAGUCAUGCUAAACCAGCCGACUCUUCGUUGAAGAGGAUGAACACUUCAGAACCACAGAGCAGUAGCGCUAAGAAGUUUGCCGUUGCUUCCAGAACUCCAGAUGGUAGUUAUAAGGAAAAAGCAAAGGCAAACAUCUCUUACCAGGGCUUGCACGCAAGCAAAUCUGGUGGACAGAAGAAAGUCCGUACAAAGGUAAAUACCCUUGCUGCCAAAUCAAAGCCUCAACCUACGAGAGAGAAGAGUUCUGGAACGAAGAAAAGACCAUCAGUUGCUGCAAGGAAGGAAAAAGCCCUACGGGCUGCUGCUAAUGCUUCGAACGUAGCUGGAACGAAGAGGAAGCUAGGUAACCCAAGCCCCCAGAGUGGUGGACUAAAGAAGAAAGCAAGAACAUUCAGGUAGAAGAAUCUAGGAGGUGUUCACAAAAACUAGCAUUCUCUCUCUUUUUCUUUUCCUUUUUUCUCUUUUCCUCUGUAUUUUUCUGUUUAAUCUUUAACUGAAAGGAAAAAAACAUCAGACAUACAAGAUAGAACUGUUCUGUUUGUUAAAUUACUGGAUACAGUUGUGUAUUAAUCCGAAUUUACUACAAUUGAACAGUAGAAAUAUGAAGUGGCGUUGUAGAUCAAA